AUGUGGGUAAUGAGCAAAGAGAUUACGACCGACGAUCGAGAGGAUGGCCAACCGAAGUACCGUUCUGUUACCGGUGCGGACAAGCGGGUCACAUACAAAUUGGCUGCAGAAACCCACCACUACGCGAAGAAAGAUCGACGGGAAACGAACGAGGACCUCUGCCAAGGGGCAACCAGAGGUUCUAAACGCGAAUAUAAAUGCCCCCAUCUCGAAAAAUCGGCAUAUGUUUUAAAAGAACUUAUUGGGGAUGCCACAGAGGCAGUUGCGUUUAUCAAUGGACAUGCUUGUCUUGCAUUGCAUUGCUAGACACAGGUAGCCAAGUUACUUCAAUUGCGAAGUCAUUUUAUGACAGGCAUUUAUUUAACCAACAUAUUGAACCUAUCGAGAACAUAGUUCGUGUUGUUGGAGCUGGUGGACAAGAGGUUCCAUUCCUUGGAUAUGUUACCAUACAUGUCAGUUUUCCUGAAACUGAUGUCGGUAUUCGGGGUACUUUAACAACCCUUGCACUAGUUGUGCCCAAUAACAGCUAUAAUCAGAGAGUACCAGUUAUAAUCGGAACUAACUUAGUGAAACAAUGCAGAAAUGCAUGUCAACAAAUAGCGGGCAAGAACUUCCUGCAAACUGCCAAAGUUUCAUCUGCUUGGAAACGAGUAUACCAAUUCGUCCAGUCACAGGAUCGAUUUCUUCAGCGACAAGACAGCUUUGGCGCAAAGGUAAAAUCAACGAGUCGUCAUCCAACCACUAUAGCUGCACAUGAAACGAAGAUACUUAUGGGGUUGGCAAACAGUUGUCCAGGAUCAUUAACCCAAGUUGUUGUGGAAACCAGUACGGGAUCUGAUCAAGUAGCUGGAAUAGUUGUUACCCCAGGACUUGUUACGGUAGGUCCGCAUAAGUCGUCUUGCAGAGUAUCAGUAGAGAUAACUAACAACUCUGACCAUACAGUUGUCAUUCCAGCAAAAGCUGUUCUGGCAUCACUGAAGAUCGCUAAAGAUGUAAUCACUCCUACGGCCACUGAGGACACUGCUACAACAAACUGCAAUGAUGAUUUCAGCAAUUUAUUUUAUUUAGAGGCAACAAAUUUAAAUGCCGAGCAGAAGAGAAGAACAAUGGAUAUGUUAAAGAAGGUGUCAUAUGUGUUUGCGAGGGAUCAGAAUGACCUGGGUUGUGCUCCAGAUAUUGAGCAUGAGAUACACUUGAGUGAUAGUAUCCCAGCAUGGCAACCAUGUAGACGAGUAUCACCAGGGCAACUCGAAGAAUUUACAGAAUCUAUCGAGCAGAUGCUAUCAUCCGGAGUAAUUAGGGAAUCAAAGAGUCCAUACGCGUCACCAGCUGUAUUAGUUCGUAAAAAAGACGGUGGUCUCCGAGUGUGCGUUGAUUUUAGAAAGAUAAAUUCUAAGACGAUUAGAGAUGCCUAUCCUCUCCCUCGUAUUUCUGAUACCUUGGAAGCCCUGGAGGGUGCUCGUUGGUUUUGUUCCUUAGAUCUUCAAAGUGGUUAUCUUCAGGUUAGGGUUGCAGAAAAGGAUAAACCAAAGACGGCGUUGACAACACCCUUUGGUCUAUAUGAAUUUAAUCGCAUGCCUUUCGGUUUAACCAACGCACCGGCAACGUUUCAACGCCUCAUGGAACGAUGUUUAUCUGGUCUUAACCUUAAGAUCUGCCUUGUCUACCUCGACGAUGUUAUUGUCUUUGCCCGAACCUUCGAAGAAAUGUUGGAGAGAUUAGAAGCUGUGCUCAGGCGUCUUGGAGAGUUCGGCUUGAAGCUGAAACCAUCGAAAUGUAAGCUUUUCCAAACCAAGCUUACCUAUCUGGGACAUGUCGUGUCUGAAAGUGGCGUAGAACCAGAUCCCGAAAAGAUUUUUCAGCACUACCCAAAUGGUUGGAGAAUCCACCGAGAAAUCGAAAGGAACUGCAAACCUUUCUAG